AGGAGGCGCGGCUAGGGUUCCGGGACAGAGGCGCCGGCACCAUGGCUGCGGCACCCGCUCCGGCCCGGGUCCCAGCGCACCUGCAGUACCGCGUGCAAUUGCUCUUCGUGACCGAGGAGCAGCUCUUCGGAGCUGGGCCGCUCUCCCCCUCCACCGCGAAGUCUCUGCGGCUGGAGGUGCACCCGGCUGGGGAGGAGGCAGACGCGACAGUGACUGACGGUGAAGUACAGGGCGCGACCCACGCACGCGAGUCCCGCUCGGAAGUUGUGGCCCGUGUGCGCGCGUGUGCGGGAUGUGGCUGUGGGGAAAAUGAUGGCGUCUGUGUCUUUAAAUGUUUACUCAACAAAGAUACUGAAUGUUGCCGUGUGGGGAAGGAGUCCAUCUUGAUUACUCUGGGAUACCACAGUGCCUUGCUGAAAUUUGAGUCUCAUGCCGAAUUAAGUGCAUUUUCAAACACCUUGAAAAGAUGUCAGAAUGAGAAGAAGGAGUCCUCGGUGUUCAGCCAGCGGACAGAAGAGGCAUCUGCUGCACAGUACUUCCAGUUUUAUGGCUGCAUUUCCCAGCAGCAGAAUAUGAUGCAAGACUUUGUGAGGACAGCCACGUACCACAGAGCCAUUCUCCAGAACCACACUGACUUUAGAGAUAAGGUCGUUCUAGAUGUUGGUUGUGGAUCAGGAAUUCUGUCAUUUUUUGCUGUACAAGCUGGAGCUAGGAGAGUCUAUGCAGUUGAAGCCAGUUCAGUAGCACGAUAUGCUGAGAUGCUAGUGAAAAAUAAUCACCUUUCAGAGAAGAUCAUUGUUUUGCCAGGGAAAAUUGAAGAUAUUUCACUUCCGGAGACUGUAGACGUGAUCAUUUCUGAACCAAUGGGAUACAUGCUGUUUAAUGAAAGAAUGUUAGAGAGCUACCUUCAUUCCAAAAAAUGGCUGAAAGCAAAUGGAAUGAUGUUCCCGACAUUCAGCGACAUCCACUUGGCCCCCUUUUCUGACGAACAGCUCUACAUGGAACACUACUCCAGAGCCAACUUUUGGUACCAGCAGUGCUUCUAUGGGGUCAACCUGUCCAGUCUCCGGGGUGCUGCAGUGGACGAAUACUUCAGACAGCCAAUAGUAGACACAUUUGACAUUAAGAUUUUGAUGGCUCGGACAGUCAAGUACACAGUAAACUUCAUAGAUGCAGAAGAGGCAGAUCUCCAUAGAGUAGAAAUCCCCUUUGUGUUUCAGAUGUUGCAGUCUGGCCUCAUCCAUGGCCUGGCCUUCUGGUUUGACGUGGCCUUUGUUGGAUCUCUGGUAACAGUUUGGCUGUCAACAGCCCCAACUGAGCCUCUGACUCACUGGUACCAGGUGCGGUGCCUCCUUCAGACUCCCCUCUUUGCCAAGGAAGGAGAAACCCUCUCGGGAAAAGUGCUGUUUGUGGCCAAUAAACGACAGAGCUAUGGCAUUCAGAUCGUGGCCCUGGUUGACCAGACAGGCUUCAGGUCUGGGAACAUCCUUGAUUUGAAGAAUCCUUUCUUUAGGUUUGCUUAGAAGAUAGUCUCAAGCCAAUCAGUAAGUAAAAAAUGAAGGCCUGAGAAGUCCCUCAACAUCCAAGUUCAUAUUUCAUAUUUCAAAGAAGCAUUCUGAAUUUUACAAGGAUGUUUAGGUUUAUUUAAAUUUCACUUUUUUCUAACACUAGAAUGUGCAUCCUAAUUUUAUUGAUGAGUAUAUUUCUUGGUUCUUCUUAGGCUGGCUUUUUACAGUUUUCUGCUUGUUACUGAAAUACAUUUUUUAAAUUUUUUGGUUUUUCUUUAUUAUUAUUUUAGUAAAACUGACAGCAUUGCCUUUGUUUUUGAAGUACUUUAAAAAGAAAUUUAACAAAAUCCUACCUCAUGUUUGUAUGUCUGCCUAUGUAUGACAUGACCUAAGAGCAUGUUAGGAGUGAUCUUCUAUUUGCAAUUUUAAGCUGUUUUCACACAUAUUUUCAACAGAUCAACAGUUAGUUUAUUGGUCAACAAUAUGUUAAAGAAUUUUUGCCCUAUUCAUGUAAUGGAAUAAUAUGAUAUCAGGAAUGUUCUUCAUUGGCAAUAUUUGAUGGCUCUGUAUGUAGUUAAAAAAAUAAAGAUGGAAACUUUGACAGUUCUUCUAGGUUUACAAUAAAACUAUACGGUGUCAGA